CCCAUGAAUGUCAUAACAUAACCUCAAAAAGUCAAAUUUUCCAUAAGGUUACAGUUUCUUAAAUGAGUCUAUGUGUUUUUAUUUAAAAAGAAGCGAAAAUCUGCAGAAAAAUGUCGACAAAUAUUGAUAUGCGAUUAGCAUCAACUCGUAUUAAUACAACACUCCACACAGACAAUGCGAUGCCACGGCUUUUCACACCCGGUGAAGUAAUAACAUCACAACAGGGAUUUAUGCGGGGCCAUGGAACAUAUGUAAAAAAUGAUGAAAUCAAAGCAUCAGUGGCUGGCGUUAUGGAAAAAGUUAACAAACUAAUAUCAAUACGUCCACUCAAAAGUCGAUAUGUUGGUGAAAUUGGUGAUGUAGUUGUGGCACGAAUCACUGAAGUGCAACAAAAACGAUGGAAGGUCAAUACCAAUUCACGAUUAGAUUCAAUUUUACUGCUGGCAGCCGUUAAUUUGCCUGGAGGCGAACUACGACGGCGUUGUGCAGAAGAUGAACAGAUGAUGCGUAGUUUUUUACAAGAAGGCGAUUUGAUAUCAGCUGAAGUACAAAAUGUGUACGUCGACGGCAGUCUGUCAUUGCAUACCAGAAGUUUGAAAUACGGCAAAUUAUCACAAGGCAUUUUAGUGAAAGUAUUCCCGUCACUAAUCAAACGCUGUAAAACACAUUUCCAUAAUUUGACAUGUGGCGCAUCGGUGAUACUGGGUAAUAAUGGUUUCAUUUGGAUUUCACCAACAACUAAUACGGACGUUGAGGGAAGUGGUGGAUUCACACAAAAUUUAAGCGAUCCCGUCGCACGGGCCGAUCGUGAAGUUAUUGUUCGACUUAGAAAUUGCAUAUUGGCAUUGGCACAAUGCAAAAUUAUGCUGUACGAUACGAGCCUUGUAUAUGCAUAUGAUGAGUCUCUGAAGUAUGAAAUCGAUGAAUUACUGAAACAAGAGGCUAUUUUUGAUCUUGCUUUCCUUACACAGCACAGAAUUCGUGUUCAAGACGAACAAUAAUUCGCUAUUUCAUUAUGCGGAAUUGAAGUCGAGAUUUUUCUUUCACAUUUUUAAGACAUAUUCAUAAGGAAAUAAAGUACAAUAAAUAAUUGGUCGAUGUGACAUUACAAUCUUUUACUGAGCAGAUAAAA